AUCGAUCUAGUCGCCCGGAUCUCACAUCAUGCCCUGCGAGAGGAGCGAGCAUUUCAUAUUUGCAACUCGAUAAAGUCGGUGGAUCCGGAUGGACAUCAUAUCAUCCGCCCCCUCGACCUUGUACGAUUAACUGCUCAACCGGGAGACAAGGCACCGAUCGUUGUCUGCAUCUUCGAACACCCAGGGCCAAAUUAUCUUCCGAGGAUCGUCGAUCAUGGGCCAGCGUGGUAUAAAGCUCGUAAAGUCGGAGAUAAGCUUGAGGCUGUCAGGUAUGACUUCAAACCGGAUGGACCAGUGCCCUUGCAGACCUUCCUCGACUUUGCUAUCGGCGCCACUGAGUGUCUCGAAAUCCUUCAUCAUGGCCAGCGAAUUGUGCAUGGCGAGAUCCGAGCCGAUGCCUUCCAUAUGAAUCUGGAGACUGGAGAGGUGAAAUUGAUUAAUUUUGGAUCUGGUUUGCGGACAUUCGAGCAUGGCCUUACAAGCACAGGAUGGUCUGCUCUGUCGAAGGAAAUCGGGGCAAAGAACAAGCUGUCAUACAUGAGCCCCGAGCAGACAGGUCGUAUGCCUGCCGAGCCAGAUAGCCGCACCGAUAUAUACUCCCUUGGGAUUCUUUUCUGGACCAUGCUCACGCAACAAGCUGCCUUUGACGGGGAGACGCCGAUGGACAUUAUUCAGGGAGUCUUAGGUCGG